AUGCCUGAGUCGCGCUGUCUCAACCGUGGAGACCGUCUGCGAGAGCAAUUCGAGGCUAUGCGUAUGAAGAUUGCCGCGGAUAUGGCAGAGUCCCCCAGAUCAGAGCAUGGAGAAAGUCAGGAGAAUGCGUCAUCAGUUUCACAUGACCAGCAUCGCCAGACGGGUCAAAAAGGGUCGCAGGCGGAUAUGCGUACGUUACAUGUUGAGCGACUACAGGAGACUCUAAACGCAAUGUAUGCCAACAAGGAAUCAUAUCCGCGUGUGCUUUUCGAGUUGGCGCCCUUUGCACAGCAAGGGUUGAUUGAGCUAGAGGCACUUGACCACCUCUACUCCGAAAGCAACAAGUAUGCGCUGGACAUGUGGCCGAAACUUAUGUUUGCACGAAGCGCCAUUGUAGAUCUGCUGCUGAAUUCGGGAGCGCACAAUUACAUCCAUUUCACAGACACCAAAGGGCCCAUGCUAUACGGGUACGAACCGGCAGACGAGGGCAGCAGCAUAACCCUUCACGAGAUACCCAACAGCAGGAACGCCAUAUGCCGGUCACAGCUCCUUUCUCCGAUGGAGAAACGCGUGCUGAUGCAAAUGCUCACAAACUUGGCUGCUGACCACUAUCUUCCACAGUUCUCGUCAAUGUCGCUGAAAGCAAGCGCUUCUAAGGACGAGACGAAGAGCACGCUCGACACACUCACGGUUGAUCAGCCGGAACGCAACUGGUUGCAGUUCCUACGCGACCAGGGUUGCACGCAGAACAUGAUCGACAUGUUCAGCCAUGGAAUCUGCCUCGGUGGAGAAGACGUAUCCGCAUGGACCAAGCAAGAUGGUAUACUACGGCUAUUGAAGUACAUACAGUCUAUCGGCGUCUACGGACAAUCGGAAGCGCCGUUUUUAUACCCUAUGUAUGGUACGGGUGAUGUCGUGCAGGCGUUCGCCAGAGUGGCCGCCGUACUGGGUGCAACCAUCAUGCUGGGCACGGGGGUCGCAUCUCUCGAGGCGGACGAACACAACAAGCUCAGUUCCGUCACGCUGACUAACGGUUUCAAGGUGCGGACCAAGAUGCUGUUGAUUGAUGACGAGGUGACGGCGGGAGACGCCGUCCACUUCGCCCUGACAACGCCCAGAGAUUCUGCACGCUCCCCGAGGCAAACGAGGCGGCUACACGUGGUUACGCUUAUACUGCAACAGCCACUGCUAUCAGGCCUCAACAUGGCCGUAGUGCUGCCCAAGCCAGUGGAGACAGACGGCAGCCCCCAGAGCCGGGAACCCAUAUACCUCAUGCAGACUGGAUUCGACGCGGACGCCGCGCCGGCAAACAAGUAUAUCAUCUACCUCAUGACGGUAGAUGGCAAUCCUCCCGCGGAGUUCAAUUCUUUCGCCGAAUGCGAUCAUCCGACCGUCCGUCGUUUGCUGCGCUGCUGCCGCGCCAUGGCGUCACAGAGCGGCUUCGUGCUUGAGACGACGGCUCUGGCGGUGUACACAUCGCACGAGUUGGCUAGCGACAACGCUGCUGCCAACUACAACAUCGAGCUGCACCGCGGUUGGCUAGCGGAAGGAUGCGUGACGGAGCGCCAAGCAGGCAACGGCAUCAUCGUGCUUCCCAAGCCCAUGGGCACCCCUGCAGUGCCGUUGCUGGAGGAGGUACCAGCGGCUGUCAAAGUAUGCGAUGCCCUAAUGGGCAACGAUGAACGGCAAUUGACGCCCUACGACGACGCCGGGGUUGUUGGAUGCCUGGCAGUGAAGCGGCCGGAGGAACCCGAAGACACACAUGUGGAAUCUGCCGCGGAGAAGCUGCAGUCCAUUAUAGACAAAUACGGGUAG